ACAGUUAGCUUUGCAUUUUCCUUUCAUUAAUGAAGACCCAACACACUUUAUAGUGAAUUCAGAUAAUCCGGAUAUAGACGAAAGCAUGAUAUCGUUUCUAACUAAACGCCACGUUUGUGGGGCCUACAAGAUUUCAUCGGGACUAAUUCGAGGUUAUAGAGGUCUAACAGAAGUAAAAAGCCUUCAAAAUGCGUUACCAGCAACUGAUAAAACUGGAAAUAAGAAGCUGGUGAAUAUAUUCCGAACUUCUAGCAUAAAAAAUGUGAGGAAGAACCAACAAAUUGACGCUGAAAGCUGUAUUCCCAUCUUAAGAUGGCCAGACGAACCUUCGAUGGUUAUGAGAGAAGGAAGUCGUAUCGAUGAUAACGACGAUUUGCUGUCGUCUGAGCAAAGAGCCAAAAAAAGGGAAAACUUACAAAAAUUCGAGGUAGAUUGUCCAAAAUUUCCAACCGAGAAACUUCCAUCCACAUCGAAAUUUCCUAUCAAUGAAAAUGCCGAAAAGGGUUUGGAUCCAGCCGAAGAAAAAGAACUCGAGGCCAAUUUGCUAGAGAAGCUAAAAGAUAUGGCUAAAAGAAAUAAAUCUCGACCAAAUCAGCAAGCUGACGAGAUGAAGGAUAACUUUAUAAGCUGGAAUAAUGAUAAAGUUGGAGGAGCUAUUAUGAGUCUAGAAGCCAAGGAAUUAACCUCACCAAAAGGAUCUGGAUCUGCCACUCCGGGAGGGCCUCCUCCACCCAAAAGUGGUUCUGCUCCGCCGAAGGGUGGUUCUCCGCCUGUCAAAAGCGGCGCUCCACCACCACCAAAGGGGCCACCGCCCGGAACUCCACCACCGCAGACUAAAACUACUUUCGGACCACUUGCUGAUGCUGAUCGAAUCUUUACCAAUUUAUACGGACGGCACGAUUGGCGAUUGAAGGCAGCAAUGAGGCGCGGUGACUGGUACAAGACGAAGGAGAUCCUAGCCAAGGGGGACAAGUGGAUAGUAAACGAGAUUAAGACAUCUGGACUGCGAGGGCGCGGUGGCGCUGGAUUUCCCAGUGGACUUAAGUGGUCAUUCAUGCACAAACCGCCUGAUGGGCGGCCCAAGUUUCUAGUGGUCAAUGCGGAUGAAGGCGAGCCCGGUACCUGCAAGGAUCGUGAGAUAAUACGCCAUGAUCCACACAAGCUGGUUGAGGGAUGUCUCAUUGCUGGACGGGCUAUGGGUGCGAACACUGGUUUCAUUUACCUUCGCGGGGAGUUUUACAACGAGGCUUGCAAUCUUCAGUAUGCCAUUAUUGAGGCCUAUAAGGCUGGCUAUCUGGGUAAGAAUGCCUGUGGUUCCGGUUACGAUUUCGAUCUUUAUGUGCAACGUGGAGCAGGCGCCUAUAUUUGCGGAGAGGAAACCUCUCUGAUCGAAUCCUUAGAGGGCAAGGCCGGUAAGCCAAGGAACAAGCCUCCCUUUCCGGCCGAUAUCGGCGUCUUUGGCUGUCCGUCUACGGUGACCAAUGUGGAAACGGUGGCCGUGGCCCCAACUAUUUGCCGGCGUGGUGGCAAUUGGUUUGCCAGCUUUGGACGCACCCGAAAUUCUGGCACCAAGCUCUUCAAUAUCUCUGGUCACGUUUGCAACCCUUGUACCUUCGAGGAGGAGAUGUCUAUGCCUACCAGAGAGCUUAUUGAACGUCAUGCUGGUGGAGUGAUCGGAGGCUGGGAUAAUCUACUGGCCAUCAUUCCGGGUGGCUCCUCCACUCCCUGCAUCACCAAGGAGCAUGCCUCGACUGCGAUUCACGACUACGAUGGGCUGAUGGCAGUGCGUUCGUCCAUGGGAACUGGUGCCUUGAUUGUAAUGAAUAAGGAUACGGACAUUAUCAAGGCCAUUGCCCGCUUAUCGGCUUUCUAUAAGCACGAGAGCUGCGGCCAGUGCACUCCUUGCCGCGAGGGUCUCCACUGGGUGCACAUGAUCAUGCAGAGGUUUGUGACUGGACAGGCGCAGAUCGAAGAGAUCGAUAUGCUCUUCGAACUGACAAAGCAGAUCGAGGGCCAUACCAUUUGUGCUCUAGCCGAUGGUGCUGCCUGGCCGCCGCAAGGACUCAUCCGGAACUUCCGUCCGGUCAUCGAGGAGAGGAUCAGGAAGCGGGCGGCCGAGGACCAAGCUAAAGCUGAUGCACUUCAGGCCGAACGCUUCCCUUGUCAAACGGUGACUCCUUGCCCAGAAUAAAGCGUGCCAAAUGCAGCAAAAA